ACCCCCAACUGUUUCUUUUGGAUAAAAAAAAUGGGACCACAACUUCCAAGCUAGUUCUUAUUAAUAACUAUCUCUCGAGUGCUUUAGCAAUGAUGGGGGCAGCUGUGCCAUGUGUUGUUGGCAGUUUGUUGUUGCCCUGGGAAUCUCUCUGUGUGAUAGGGCGGCGGGGAUUUAUUGGCAAGAAACACCUGGAGAGCCACAGGCUGCAGAUCGAUGACGUCAUGCUGUCUAUUUAAAGAGACAAUGCGGCUCGUACCUUACAUAGAGGCACCGAGUUGUAAGUGACAGCUGCCCGCCCGCUGCGGUGACGUCACGCGUCCCGCCCUCCAGCUUCCGGUCAGAGACUGGCAAUGGCUGGGCAUCCCCAAAAAGUCAGCCCUCCCGAAUCUCAAACCACCUUAUUCUUGGCGACCUUCGCCACCCUCUAUACGCGCGCAUACGGCUCUAAGGCAACUCGUCUCCAUCCAACCUUCUGGCAUCUCCCAUCAAGCCAAGAGCGUGGGGGGGGACGUUGUAGUCUCACGACAGCUGCUGGGGACUGCAGCAAUAGGGACAUGCAGACGUGACGAGGUUAUACAUAUGUGUCUCUUUGUACAUGUUCUUCCUCACGCUCCACGCAAACGUAAUCGGAUGACGUCGCCCUCCCGCUUGCUCCAGCGACGCGGCUCAUUUGCACGGUGUAUCCAAUCGACAGCGAGAAGAGUGCGGAUAUACCGCUGUCAAACCUAUCGCCCAAUCAGAGGCUAAGCAGGAUGACAGUAGCGCUCGCCCCAAUCUUCCGCCACGCCCCCAGUUUCUCCGUCCAGUCGGCCAAUCCGCGGCUAGGAGGGCGGGUUUAAUGCCGCCUACCAUGAAACACUGCGGCCAAUAGAACGUCGCCACUGUGCUAAUGGGCGGCGCCGAGCGGAGGGGGAGGUUUGGCUUGAGGCGGGGCUGUCAGAAGACGAUAAACAAAAAUCCCGAGAGCUUCCACCAGUAUAUACAUUCGGGUACGGAGACACCGGGAGAUAAGACAGGGGAUAAAGGCAUCGAGCCUAGCCGACACUAGUCACACAGUAUAAUCAUUAGGCCGCGGCCCUGUGCGUUCAGUGACUUCCUCUCGGACACCGUAUCAUUCCGUGCUCUGUCCUGCCCUCUAUCCUCUCGGUGUCCGUCGCGUCUGUCCCUGGCUCUCUCUCACCCCCUUGUUUACUCCCGGCUACUGGGAAAAUGGCGGCCCCGGUCUGUGUCAACAUUCAGAUGCUUCUGGAGGCGGCGGAGUAUCUAGAGCGAAGGGAGAGAGAAGCCGAGCAUGGUUAUGCUUCCAUGUUGCCUUACAAUAGCAAGGAGAGGGACGGCUUGAAGAGAAAAAGCAAAUCAAAGAAAAGCAGCAGUAGUAGGGUCACCAUCAAAGAGGGGAGAGAAGGGAAUAAAGUUAUAGGUCCUAUGGCCCCAAGCGAUACAAAGGUUCAAUUCGGAAACUGCAAGGGGAGAAAGGCUGGCUGGUCAACCCACAAUGAAAUGGAGAAGAACAGACGGGCUCAUUUGAGAUUAUGCCUUGAAAAGCUAAAGAUGUUGGUUCCCGUUGGACCCGAAGCCAAUAGGCAUACCACAUUAAGUCUAUUAACAAGAGCAAAGUUGCACAUUAUGAAACUUGAAGAUUGUGACAAAAGGUCUCAGCACCAAAUAGAUCAAUUGCAGCGGGAACAGCGGCAUCUGAAAAGGCAGCUAGAAAAAUUUGGGGUGGAAAGGACGCGCGUGGACAGUAUAGGGUCAGCUAUGUCUUCAGAAAGGUCGGACUCAGACAGAGAGGAAAUUGACGUGGACGUAGAGAGCACAGACUAUUUAACCGCAGAUCUGGAUUGGAGCAGCAGUAGCAGUAGUGUGAGUGACUUGGAUGAGAGGGGAAGCAUGCAAAGCAUCUGCAGCGAUGAAGGAUAUUCCAGCUCCAGUCUUAAGAGGAUAGAACUACAGGACAAUCCCAAAUCCAUUGUUCUUUAAACAGCCAAUCGGAGAAGAUAAAAAGAGGAGGGGGAAGGAUGGUUGAGAACAGUUCUUCACACUACUCCCAAUGCUUUCACAUCAGACACUGUUAUCUAGCAACCGGCUUUCACACCAUUAUCUUGCACGUGAACUUGUAAACUCAGACCUUCUUCCAGCAGUCUGUUCCCUCCCCCCCCCCCUUUUUUCCUAAGGAGCUGUAUGGGUUUCAGUUUACACUCUGUAUCAUUUGCUAGCCCAUCAGCCAAAUCUACUCGAGGAGACCACAUUCCAGAAUCACCAGGAAGCACUCAAGAAGAAAACGAUAUAUAUAUAUAUAUAUUAUAUACUGAGAGCAAGAGUACCCUACUAGAAAUGGUUGUUGGCUGAUAAACAAAAUAAUAUUUAUUCAGCUGGUACCUGGUCUGUAGCCAGUACAAAUGGCCCACUUAAAAGGUCCUAGUAUCUCCCAGCAACACCAAAACUUUUUUUUUUUUUUUUUCAUCACUUCACAUCUGGAAAUGGUAUGAAGGAAUAUGUCAAAAGAAUCUUGCUUUACGGCAAGAGCUUACGUUUACAACUACUUUAAUAUCCAACAAGAAGACACCAAGGAAACCUGGAUGGUACCAAGAGUCUUGAUUUUGGCUUAGAACAGUGAGAAUGCUGCUAUUAUAUUUUUUCACACAGAUGUGCAUCUAAUGCACUGAACCCAGCACAGUCUAAAUUGCAGAGCUGGCGCCUUCUAGCCUUGAUUCAGAGAUCUGUAAAGCCACUUGCUUUGUCUACUAUAUCAUUACAUUGUGUUUUUUUUGUUAUUGGUGUCAGUCUUGCUUUCCAUAAUCCUUAUCUGUGGCCGCAGCUUCCUCUUUGAGCUUCGUUCUUUCUUAAUGAUUCCAUGUUUUUACAUAUGCCUGUUAUCAUUUUGCAACUGGAAUCUUUGCCUUUUCUGUUCACAAGAAGAUGGCUCUAUAAUUUUACCUUUUUAUAGCAAGGGAAGGUUAACUUGAUGGAGCCUGAAACAUUGUUCUGUAGGAUCAGUGCUCCUUUUGUUCAGUUUAUUUGCAGUAUGAGAAUCUCUUGCUAUUUUUCCCAGUCGAGUUUUAGUUUUAGCUUGUUUUCCCAUAAUCUAAAGAAGUUCAUAUUAAAAAGAGCAUGCACUACAGAAACUGCAAGCGGGUCUUCAUCGUCCUUAAAUGAAAAAUAACCCAUCCAGAAUGUUGGAUUUUGUACCAGGCAGUGUUUUGGACACGCACUUUAACAUUUUUUUGUAGCUAGAUCCAAACAGUACCAUUCGAUUCCCUGUUUCGUUUUGAAACCUUUUUGCAGCUGCAUGUAACUGUCCCUAGCAGAUGCGUCUUGAAGGAUUUGAACGUUGCUUCUAGUUCACGGGACAAUCAUUUUUCUUUUCUACCUCAAGAGAGACCGAUUGAAGAACACAUAGCGCAGCGCUUGAAGUGCGUAAGAUGGGAAUCGUUUGCUUGCCUUUCGAGUUAUCGUUCCAAUUUUUUUUGCAAACGAGAUUUAGAUGAUUAGUAUGAUUAACAGAGCUAAUAACCUGUUGUAUGUGCCGUGCCUACAAUCUCAUGCUUUUUUUUCUGUUGGCAUUAUGACUUUCAGUGUUACCAGGGGCAAACCUCUGCAGAUGCAUAACGCCUUAAGGAGGGGGGUGGGUGGGUUAUUUAGACAUCGAAGCAAUAACAGGAGCAAUGAAUAUGCUAAGCAGUUUAGUGUCCCAACUGUAUGCUCCUGAACUUCAUUAAAUCACUUUAGUUAGCUCUUCCUUUAUGGCCACAGUACGUGGCUCUACGAUGAUACCUGUGAUUGUUUCUUAAUGUUUAAGUCCUUUGUGCCCAAGCAGUUAUUAUGGAUGUGCUUAUAUUAUCCGCCUCUAACAAAAUUGCAAGAAGCCCGUGUAUUUUUUGAAACGCUAAACCAGCAAACGGAGUUCUAUUUUAAGCGUCGUCAGCCCUUUCUCUCACUAUUUUUUUCCUAAUAUAUCUCUAUAUAUAAAUAUAUAUAUAUAUACCACUGCAGUAACUAGAUACUGAGAGGGGGUUAUCCAGUGAAAUAUUUUCAUUUCCUAGGUGCUGUUGGAGAAAUUAAUAGCGAUUGUGGGCCAUGCCCUAAGUUUUUUUUUUUUAACCAAGCAUCGCUGCCUAAAAUCACCGCUUGAAAGGGCUUUAAGGAAUACUUCUUAAUUAACACAGGGCAGAGGUAUUUUUUUAAGUCUUCGACAAAUUCAGGGACAGACCGUUCCUGUAAGGUCUGAACUGUUCAUCAUCCACGCCGCCGCACACCAGUCGAAUUCUUUUUCUUUCUCAUCAUUAAGGUAAUCCCCUCUGCUUCGAUUUUCUACCUUUAUAAAUAAAUUUAAGUUAUGCUCUGAGAAGACAAAAGCACACCUAGAUGUAAAUAAAUCACACGAAAUCUAUGACUAUUUAUUCAUGUUUUGUAUAGCUAAUGUAAUGGAGAGAUUCUUAUGACUUUGUGCUUUUAUAAAUGUUCUG